AUUCCGAUUGGCCAUAGCGUCAAACUCCGUGCUUGAUAGCAUUGCUCAGCAAGAUGUGUGUACACACUAAUUCCCGCGACCGGCAAUGGGGAACCAUCCCCUCGCAUGACUAUAAUGGCCGUUCAAACAUUCGAGAUCGGUUGGCCUGACGCCAAUGCGGCGGCGCUUCCGACCACGAUACACAGUAGCGAUUUUAUCGCUUUCGUCCGUAUGGUACUUGGCCAACUACCGGUGCUCAAAGGGUCAAACCGGCACGGGCAGCCAAAUGAGAAGUGGAGAACGCUCACUGGAAUGUCAAGCAAUGUUCUUUUCUUGCUCCAACAAGUGUAUUCAUUGGACCUAGUUCUCUUUGCUCUGGAUAUCUACGGGAGCAGAUGGUACACACAGCUAGCCGAGAUAGGCACUAUAUCGGAAAAUUGUACAUCUUUUCGGUAUUACCGCCGCGAUCGAUCGGGAUCAAACCAGAUAUAUAUAUGCGCUCGAUCCUGCACGCACUUUGUCUCCUCGUCAAAGCAGUUCGCCCUCAAUCUUUUCGACCCUCAGGCACCGUACUCCGAAUGUGGCUUGAUCCUAGGCUAAAGUGAGACUUCUCGGCAGACCUCACUUUUGGAGGUAUGAAAUAUUCUACACAAGAGUGAUCGACACACUGUGUGGCAUUC